CCCAAUCCAAGGACACAAGAAAAGAAAAAAAAAAGUUCUCAACGUGGUGGUAAUGGCGUCUUCUUCUUCUUCCUCCUUAUUCGUCAUUACCUUCCUCCUCUUCUCGCCUCUCUGUUUUUCUCGUGAGUCACCUUCUCAAAUCCCAGACGGAACCUUAAACCUCUCUUUACUAUGGUACGGACAAUUCACCCCCGUCCAAAAAGAGAGGGUUCGUGAUUUUAUAGAAUCGCUUAACUUUGACGCCAAGGAAGGUCUUGAUCCCAAGGUAUCAGCGUGGUGGAAAGUGGUGGAGGGUUAUCAAGAGAGGUACGAGGUCAAGGAGAUUUACCGACAGAAGAGUAGCAGCAAAACCGUAGCUCCGAGGAUUAAGGUGAAGGUUGUCAGGAGUUAUGUAGAUGAGAAGAUGAUGUUUGGAAAGGAUUUGACAAUAGAUAAUGGUGAGAAAUUGGUUGAGACAGCCGUCGGAAACAUGUCGAAAGUGGUGCCCGUGGUAUUACUUUCGUCACAAGUUAGGGCUCACCACGUAGGGUUUUGUAAUGGAACUUGCCAAGAAUACGGUCUUACCAUCAAGAGUAAUAUCAAAGGUCAAGAAAAGAAACAACCGUACGUAAUGGUGAGCGACCCGGAGGUGCAAUGUCCUGGAGAGUGCGCUUGGCCUUUCCACAUUGCCAACAAAGGCCCACAUGGCAUGACCUAUCAGCCACCAAGUGGUGAAAUAGGAGCCGAUGCAUUGAUUAUUCAGCUAGCCACCGGUUUAGCCGACGUCGCCACUAAUCCAGCUAUAACCGAAUCAUUGUUCAAAUCCGAGCCACCCUACAGCACCGACGGGAACCACACCUCUUCUAUAUAUAUCGUGGACCCUGCAACCAAGUGCUUUAGGGUUUUCGGGUCCGGAGCUUUUCCAGGUUUUACAGGAAGAAUCCGGGUUGACCCGCUUACUGGUGGAGCCUUCAAUUCACACGGGAUCAACCACUUGAAGUUCUUGAUUCCUUCUAUUUGGGAUCCUAAAACAAAAUCUUGCUAUACUCCGAUGUAACCGUUUUUAUUAUUAUCAAAUGCUAAUCAGUGUUCAUUAUCCUUUUAGCAAGCUUGAGUUUUAUAAAGGAUACAUAUCUGU